AAAGCAGCAUUGCUAUCUACUCCGCCACGUCGCGCGGCCGCAUGCAGCUCAUCUAUGGCGGGCAGCCGUUCAUCUUCGAGAAGACCCUGAAGCUGUCGACGGGCGAGGAGAAGCGCUAUUGGCGCUGCAAUCAAUGGUGGAAUCAAAAGUGCCGCUCGCGUGUUUUCACAAUCAACGACAUUGUCUGCCCGCUGAAUCGCUUUCACACGCACGAGGAGAUUGUGCGGCGCAAGAAGCGCGUGCGGCGCGUUCCAGUGCCGGAUGCUAAGGCCUAUGCCACAACAGCAGCCAGGCAGGAGCAGCAGCAGCAGGCACAGGCGCAGCAGGAUCAACAGCAGCAGCAGCAGCUCCAUCAUCAUCAUCAUCAACAGCAGCAGCAGCAGCUGGCAAGCGAUGCCAUGCUGACCACGACCUUGUCGGACGAGGCCACAGCCACCAUCGAUGUGAACGAGCUGGGCAUGCAUUUAAAAUAUGAGGAGAUUGUCGCCGAUGUAACUGGCAUUGUGGGCGGGGCACACAGCCAUGCCCGUGUGCUGGGCCGCAAGAAGUGAGAGUAGCGGCAGGGUAUACGUAGUUCGUAACGUUUCAAUUGUCUAUAAUUAAUACAUUCACACACAUUAUUCAAGUAAACGCAAUUUUAAUAAACUUAACUAAGGCUUCAAACAGCACGCAAGCUAUUCGAUUUAAUCUACACACACCAUUUCGCCUUUUGGAGCACGCACUAACCGAAGAUCACACACACUCUCUCUCUUUCUCUCUCUCUACUUUGCAGAGCCGAUCUUCUACUUCACCAAGGGUCAGAGGAAGUCGAUCAAAUUGAACUUUGGCGGUCACAGCUAUGUCAAGUUCAUGGAGAACAGCCGCGGCACCAAGUGGAUCUGCGCCACACGCUCCACAACCAAAUGCCGCGCCCGUGUCCGCACCAAGGAUAAUGCGCUCGAGGUGCUCCACGAAGCGCACAAUCAUCAAAUGUCCAAGCGACAGCGCGAACGUGCCAAGUCGCGACGCGCACUCAGUUAAU